AUGGAGCUGCUGUCGCCGCCGCUCCGCGACGUAGACUUGACGGGCCCCGACGGCUCUCUCUGCAACUUUGCAACAGCGGACGACUUCUAUGAUGACCCGUGUUUCGACUCCCCGGACCUGCGCUUCUUCGAGGACCUGGAUCCGCGCCUCGUGCACGUGGGCGCGCUCCUGAAGCCUGAAGAACACUCGCACUUCCCAGCAGCCGCGCACCCGGCCCCGGGCGCGCGCGAGGACGAGCAUGUGCGCGCGCCCAGCGGGCAUCAUCAGGCGGGCCGCUGUCUACUGUGGGCCUGCAAGGCGUGCAAACGCAAGACGACUAACGCCGACCGCCGCAAGGCUGCUACCAUGCGCGAGCGGCGCCGCCUGAGCAAAGUCAACGAGGCCUUCGAGACGCUCAAACGCUGCACGUCUAGCAACCCAAACCAGCGGCUGCCCAAGGUGGAGAUCCUGCGCAACGCCAUCCGCUAUAUCGAAGGCCUGCAGGCGCUGCUUCGCGACCAGGACGCCGCGCCCCCUGGCGCUGCCGCUGCCUUUUACGCGCCUGGCCCAUUACCUCCCGGCCGCGGCGGCGAGCACUACAGCGGCGACUCGGACGCGUCCAGUCCGCGCUCCAACUGUUCCGACGGCAUGAUGGACUACAGCGGCCCCCCGAGUGGUGCCCGGCGGCGGAACUGCUACGACCGCACGUACUACAGCGAGGCGCCCAACGAACCCCGGCCCGGGAAGAGCGCUGCGGUGUCGAGCCUCGACUGCCUGUCCAGCAUCGUGGAGCGCAUCUCCACCGAGAGCCCCGCCGCGCCCGCGCUUCUGCUGGCCGACGCGCCGCCGGAGUCGUCUCCCGGCCCGCAGGAGGCGGCCGCCGGGAGCGAGGUGGAGCGCGGCACCCCGGCCCCUUCCCCCGACACCGCCCCUCAGGGCCUCGCGGGCGCGAACCCCAACCCGAUUUACCAGGUGCUCUGA